AUGUUGUGUCCCUUCAUUGGUUAUGCUCAAGAACCAAUACUUCCGCUGAUUGAUGCUUGCAUACCGUUACAACUCAUUAUUCCGAACAUUCUUAAGUAUGCUUCGAUUGCUCUACAACGUAUUCCAGAUAAUCCGCCUGAUGAGUUGACUCGUGAUGAAUCAGCUGCAAUUCAUCUCUACACAAUGGAGUGGGAUAAUACAAGCGGAAGCCUUUAUUUCCAUCUUAAUUAUGCUCUUAGGAAAGGCGAUAGAGAAGGAUUACAACCGUGGCUUAAAUAUCUUAAACUUUUUCUCACUGCCUUAGUUAAAAUACCAUGUUCAGCAUCACAGGUCGUAUGGCGAGGUUUGAAAAAGAAUAUUACUGAUGAAUUUCAAAAAGGAGCUCAAAUUAUAUGGUGGGCUUUCUCAUCUACCACAAAAUCGUUAUCCGUGUUAGAGAAUGAUCUCUAUUUGGGCACAACAGGAGAGAGAACCAUAUUUUCUAUUGAAGUGUUAAAUGGUAGAAAUAUACGCGCUCAUUCCUAUUUUAAUGAUGAAGAGGAAAUCUUACUGUUGCCGGGAACAUUUAUGGAAGUACAAUCACUAUUAAAUCCAGCGCCUGAACUGCACAUCGUUCAUUUAAAACAAAUAAUACCAAAGGAACCACUAUUGGAACCUCCAUUCGAAGGUAAAUUGAACAUUGCCAACAGUGCAUUUUAUAAUUCAAAUAUAUCUGUUCUCAGAUGCAUGCCUUUAUCCAAAAAUUGA